GCAUUCGCUAGCAAUUGGGAGACAGAGACCGAAAUUAAACAAACGAUCAAGUAGCAAGAAGCGUGUCAUCGUCAUCCUCGUGGUGUCGUCAAGAAAAAGCAAAGCCCCUCACGAGAGGAUGUAUGGCAUACCCCGACCGCCCCCAUGUUCUAACUCACACCUGCGCCCCCCUUCCCCUGUCCCCACCUCCCCCUUUUUUAUAAACCUAUCACCACUGGCCACUGCCCACCGCAUCCCCUCCCACCAUGAUCAUACUCCAUCAAUCCCAAUUCUCCUCCAUCGAUUCCCAUCUCACGAAUUGAGUUCCCUCGCCAUCUCCUACCGUAAUCUUAAUCAAUCAAAGUUUCCCAAACACCCAUCGAUUAGCUCUGGUUCAAAAUUUCAAAAUGUGCAACGCCAAGACCAGAUCGCCGACGACGAGCUCCGUCGACGGCAUCAACUGCAGACCGGUUCUUCAAUCCGCCUGCAACCGCGUCGCCGGCGUUGAUCGCCGUCGCCAUUUUCCAAUUAAUAAACUCUCGCCCAAGUCUCCAUCGACAGCGGCGGCGCCUCCGAUUUCUCCGAAAAAAUCGAAAUCUCCGAGGGGUGCCGGGCCGCAGGGCGUGAAAAAGAGGGGCGGGAGCGACGUCAAUGGGUUGAACACGAGCGCCGAGAGGGUGAGUAUUACUACUACGGCGGCUCCGAAGACUCUGGCGAGUAGUUUGGAGAGGAAGAAGUCGAAGAGAAGCGGCGUUAGUUGCAGCGUAGGCGAAACGGCGUCGUUUACGUACUCUUCGUCUCUGAUCGUGGAGGCGCCAGGGACCAUAGCGGCGGUUAGAAGGGAGCAAGUGGCGCUUCAGCAGGCGCAGCGCAAGAUGCGAAUUGCGCAUUACGGGAGAACCAAAUCAGGGAAGUCUCUUGAUUCUAAUGUUAAUGUUAACGUUCCCGCCGCAGCAACGGCCACCGCUGCCGGAGAAGAGAAGAGAUGCGGUUUUAUCACUUCCAAUUCAGAUCCUCUCUACGUUGCUUACCACGAUCAAGAAUGGGGAGUCCCCGUGCACGAUGACAAAAUGCUGUUUGAGUUGCUGGUGCUAUGUGGCGCUCAGGUGGGUUCAGACUGGACUUCAAUUCUCAAGAAACGGGAAGACUUCAGGAAGGCAUUUUCGGGAUUUGACGCCGAAAUCGUGGCCAACUUCCGGGAGAAACAAAUAACGUCAGUUAGCGCAGAGUAUGGCAUCGACUUAAGCCGCGUUCGAGGUGUCGUCGACAACUCCAACCGUAUUCUCGUGAUAAAGAAGGAGCUUGGGUCGUUGGACAAGUACGUUUGGGGAUUUGUAAACCACAAGCCCAUCUCCACGCAAUACAAGGCAUGGCACAAGAUCCCGGCGAAGACCUCUAAGUCGGAGAGCAUAAGCAAGGACAUGGUGAGGAGGGGGUUCCGAUUCGUCGGUCCGACCGUGGUUCACUCCUUCAUGCAAGCAGCCGGCCUCACCAACGACCACUUGAUCUCCUGCCACCGCCACCUCCACUGCACCGCCCCUCCCCCUCCUGCUUCCUAGAAUCCAAUACGGAUAACUAAUAAUCCCAUGACAACUCCUCAAUGCAUAGUUUAAGAAAUUAAUUAACCAAUUAAAAACUAAGCAUACUUAAUGAUUUAGCUCUAGCCAGCUCGCUCGCUCGAUUUCUAACUAUUUUAACUUUUCAUUUAGCUCGAGCUAAUAAUUAUUGGUUGUGUAUGAUAUAUAUACUAUUAACUACGGUGUGGGGUGUGGCGACUACUGAGAUGAUUAAUUAAUUAGUGGGAAAGAAGUUAAUCAAUUAAGGUGGGUGAAGGAGACAGACAGGAUGCAUGUGCAGUGGCGGGGGCAAGGCAUGUGGAGGUGUCAGAAGCUAAGGCUUUUAUUCCGUGUGGCCAUCUCACCUGCAUUAUUUGGUUGCUUUAACAGCUAGGCUGCGGGGGGAGUACUGCGAGCGGGACCACCUUUGAUCAAAUCUCCAUUGCCUUUGGAAUUUGGAUACGUGAUGUAUUAUAUAUACCAUUAUGACGCAUAUAUAAUUGUAUUUCUACCUAGCUGCUUCUUUUGGCUUGCGUGUUCGAGUGUUUUUGAGUGAGUGGGAGUACCAAGUAAAAACCCCAUGUGUGUUGGGGUUGGUGUGGACAGAUUACAGAUAUAUAUUGAUUUGGGUGUUGAUUUGUAGAUGUGUGUUAAUAAGCUUUGCUUACUAAUUAAGUAGACUAUGUUAAAGUUGUUGACA